AUGGUUUUGCAUUUCCGGCGGGGAGAACAGUUUGUAAACAAAACAGUUCUGUCCCCUGUCAGCUCAUAGCACUGCAGCUUGGCUGUGCAUAGCACAGCCAUGCAAAGCAGUGUGCUUACAGUGAAGCACAAACACAGCCCCACAGUAAAAACACACACACACACACACACACACACACGUAACCCCUCAUGUUAACCCCUUCCUGCCCAGUGCCAUUAGUACAGUGUCAGUGCUUUUUUUUCGCACUGAUCACUGUAUUGGUGUCACUGGGGAAUGUCAGUGACACCAAGAAAGUUCUCCCCCAGUGUCAGAAUGUCCCCCGCAGUUCAGCUAUA